AUGUCAACAAAGUUCAAAUUAAACACUGGAGCCGAAAUACCAGCCAUCGGCUUCGGCACCUGGCAAGACGAACACGCACAAGAAGGAGCCGUGCUAGAGGCGAUCAAAGCCGGCUACCGGCACAUUGACACGGCCGCAGUCUACGGCACCGAGAAGGCAGUCGGCAAAGCCAUCAAGAAAAGUGGCGUACCCCGAGAAGACCUCUUCAUCACAACCAAAUUGUGGAAUAACAAGCACCAUCCGGAUGAUGUAGAAGGAGCGCUUCAGCAAUCCCUCCAUGAACUGGACCUAGAGUACGUGGAUCUGUACCUUAUGCAUUGGCCAGUCGCGUGGAAACGUGGAGAUGAGAAAUUCCCAAAGUCCAAUGGUACGUUUGUGGUGGAAGAUAUUGGGACAUACAGGGCUAUGGAGAAACUACUCAAAACAGGCAAAACCAAAGCGGUAGGUGUUUCGAAUUUCUCCAAAGCUGAUCUGGAGCAAGUGCUUGCGAACACGUCAGUCGUCCCAGCUGUUCAUCAAAUGGAAUGCCAUCCAUGGCUACAGCAGCGGGAAUUUUCGGAUUGGCACAUAGAAAAGGGGAUUCAUGUUACGCACUACUCGCCGUUUGGGAACCAAAAUUCCACUUAUGAUAAGAAAAAAGGUGGAGUCGGGAAGUUGAUUGAAGAGCCUGUGCUAGCAGAGGUUGGAGAGCAGUAUGGAAAGAAUGCUGCGCAAGUUGCCCUCGCGUGGGGAGUGACAUUGGGCCACUCGGUACUUCCCAAGUCUAAGACCCCGUCACGUAUCAAGUCGAACCUUGAGGGAGAUUUCAAAUUAAGCCCACGCGAUAUGGCAAAGAUCUCUGCGCUGAACAGGAAAAUCCGAUUUAACGAUGAGAGUAAAUCCUUUGGACGAAACUUUUUCGAAGACCUGGAAGACAAGACGGGAUAA